AGGAUGGAGGCGAAAAGGAAGGCGAAGGAAAGAAGAAGAGCCCCAUUGAGAAGCUCAUGAAGCAGAUGGGCAUGGAUCCAGCAGUCAUGAAGCAGAUGGGGAUGGAUCCAAAGCAGAUGGAAGGCAUGUUCAAACAGAUGGGCAUCGAUCCUUCCAUGAUGAGUCAAAUGAUGGGAAGCAUGGGAAAUAUGAAUCCCAUGAUGAUGAUGAUGAACCCCAUGAUGAUGGGCGGCGGCAUGGGUGGCAUGGGCUGCGGUGGCAUGGGUGGCAUGCCUGGCAUGGGCAACAUGGGCGGCGGCUGUGGCAACAUGGGCGGUUGCCCUGGCGGCGGCAACUGCGGCUCCGGUGGUGGAGGCGGUGGUGGCUCCGGUACCAGGACGGAGCGCGACCGUUCCAAGAGCCGCAGCCCUGCGCGCUCUGGGCUCCCGGCGCUGCCGAGCUCCGGCUGCUCCGGCUGCGGCCCGCCGGGCGCGCCGCCAGGCGGACCCAGCGGGCCGGGCAGCGGACCACCGGGGCCACCCAGUGGCCCCGGACCCUGCGGAGGUGGUUGCGGCCCCGGCUGCGGCGGCUGCGGCGGCUGCGGUGGCUGUGGUGGCUGUGGCCCUUGCGGCGGCUGCGGAGGACCUUGCGGAGGUUGCGGCUUCCCAGGCCCUGGUGGACCUGGUGGACCCGGGGGCCCUGGGGGCCCUGGCCCUGGCGGAAAGGGAAGUUUUGCACCGCCACCACCACCCAGAGAAGACCCCGCGGCGCGCGCCGCGCGCUCCGCCGCCGCGGGCGCCGAGGCGGCGGCCUUUUUGCAGCAGGCCUCUAGGAUCGCGGAGACCUCCCGCGACGCCGCACGCGAUGCAGCGACUGCCAAGUCGGCAGGAACCAUGUGGUCGGGCGAUUCCGCACCACCGCCACCUCCAGGUGGCAUGACGCAGCCCAGCAUUCGACAACCCAUGAAGCUUUGGUUGCCAGAACCGACGCCUCAGCAGUUCCAACCACCACCUCCUCCACCUCCGUCUGGAGGGCCGCAGGCCUCCGAGAGGAAGCCCAGCAGAAGCCCAAGGAAGAAGAGCAGGAGCAAUUCCCGGCGCGCCCGGCGCAACCGCCGGCGCGGCGGCUGGGACGCCGAGGAGGCGCCGCCGGACAACGCGGCGCAGAUGUCACUGGUGCCCUCACGCCCUGCCCUGCCGCCUGGCGCUGCUCCGGGACGACCUGCGGGGAUGCAUGGACCAGUGCCAGUGAACCGCUUCGGCAUCGCCGAGGCCACCCCCGAGGCCCUAGCAGCUGCAGUCUUCCGGGCACAGCAGGUAGAGAAGGCGGGUCUGGAAGCCAUGCGCGACAGCGGCAAGAUCCCUCGGGGGCCACCAGAUCUUCCUACAGGAACCGAAGUCAUCGAGCAGAAGUGCGUGGCAUACCUCAUCGGUAAAGGAGGCCAGGCGCUGGCAGCCAUCAAUGCGGCCGCGGGCGUUUCCACGCAGAUCGAUCAGUCCACGAAACAGUUCGGUUACAGUAUGGCCAACAUCUAUGGCACCGAAGAGGGCACGGCCAAGGCGAAGUUGAUCCUUCGUCAGAAGAUCUCGGAAUAUCGACCCUUGAGAGGAUGAGACACCUCGACAUGGGAGGACUGGGAUGGCUGCAAGACAAAAAAACGCUUGGUUGAUGAUUAGUUAUAUUACUGGUU